AUGAACUGCAUCCUGUUAACCGCCUGCGUCCUUCUGGUUGCUUUUUGUAGUUCUGCUUAUACCCUAAGGUGUUACCACUGCGAGAACAGCCCUUCCUUGUGCAAGACCAAUAAUACUUGCUUAGCGACCGAAGAUACUUGCUUGCAGAUGAAAUUUGGUAAAUUGAGAACUUUCUCCUGCUGGAAGGCAUCCCAGUGCAGUAUGAAUGAAAUUGCUGAAUUCUUCCAGUUGGAUAAUUUUGAAUUCUUUUGCUGCCAACACGACUUGUGCAAUAAGAGCGCAUUUACUGGGGUUCACAAUGCAGCCUUCACUAUUGCCUCUGUAGUGACCAUGCUAUGGAUAGUUCUGUAA